GGCGGGAAGAGCGGCUAUGUAAACAACGCUUGAAGUGACACACGAAAUAAACCACGAUGGAGAAGGUUAUCCUCUUCUUAUCAACAGAGAGGGAGAACCAGUACAUCACCAAGGAACUAGAAGCAGCCAUUGAGUGCAUAAAGAAAGAGGAUGUAAAAAGCACUUCAAGUUGUCACCUUGUCCGCCUAGCAACAUCUGCAGUUCAGGGAGUCCACGAUGGAGAUGCAAAUGCACACGAUGGUCACACAGUUACCCUUUGGCAUGAGUGGGCCAAGACUGAUGCACUUGAUGAAUACUAUGCAAGUGUGCAGAGAGAGGAGAGGGAGCCCAGUGAAGCACAGGAUCAGGAACCUAUAUUCAGGUAUAAUGACUUUUUCCUUCUUGCUGAGGCAGUACACAAGUUUGCAGACAGUUUAGAAGAUACAGGAAGUUACUUGCUCUAUGUCUUUUGGUGUGUGGACAAAUAUGUCCCAAACCCCAGUGAAGUUCCAGAGUUUUAUGGCAGUUUAAGAAGGCUUGAACAAUGGCACUUUGGUGGCUUGUAUAUAUCUUGUGCAAAUCAAACAUUAGUGUCAGAAUGGCCAGACUUUUUACCGCUUCAUAUCACUUCAGGCUGUUCUCAGAUAAUAGAGACUAUUGUAAGCACCAUGUGGAGAGGUCAGCUGGCAGUCACUGAAGAAGGAACAGGGAGUUCCAUGGUUCUCCCUGAAUGUGUUGUGCAGUGCAUUAGUGGCCAGCCUGCAUUGGGAGCAGAUCCUAAACAGGGACCUUUGUACAUCCUGCCAACAGCAGAAGUAGUAGCAGACUUCGACAUUGGUACCCUUCCUUGGGUAUACCUUCGUCAUGGUGGCAUAUAUGACAUGGUGCCAGCACUGCACACAGAUCCUGAAGAACAAGAAGAAGUUGUGGCAAUGUUAGAUGUACUGACUGGACAGGCUGGUAUUGCAACACUGGUUCGCCUGAGGUACUCACCCCUACCCCCUGUUCUGGAAGGAGUUAAGUCACUCACCACAGAAGAAUGGAAAAGAUGUAAUGUGGAGGGACAGUUUGAGUUAACACCAAGCUUGCACUUCAAAGGUUACCAUCUCAUACUCAACAUGAUCAUCCUGAGUGAGGGUGCACAGAGGGGAAAGGCUCUUCUAGUAAGCCUGCAGGAUCCAAGUGCUUGUGGGGAGGAUGUCAUUAAGUUCUUCAGUAAAGCAAAUCUUCCAAUGCAGAGAGAGCAGAAUCCCCCAGGGGAAGAAAAGCAAGUCAUGGAGCUCCUGAAAGAAACCCCUGCGCUAUCCACUCUCCAUUUGGCUGCAUUCUCACAUCUCUCUCUCAAUCUUCCACAAAAG